UCGUUCCAAGCUCGGACUAGGUAUUCUCGGGGCGUCAGAGAGGGAGAGAAACUGAGCUGUUACAGGCGAUCACCACUCAGGGAGACGCUGCCUUCACUCACUGACGAGUCCUUUACUGGCGCUUUUCUAGUCAGUAGCUCUACGUUUAAUCACAGAAUCGUCUUAUUUUAGGAGUUAGUUUCAGCAGAGCGCACACGAUGGCUGAGAAGAUCGACAUGGAGCCGAGCAAGGCGUCCUCCGGGGAGGUUUACCAGGAAGACCCGGUGUCCAACGGGCUGGACCCGGUGUCCAACGGGCUGGGCCCGGUCACCACGGCCGUCCCGGAGACGCUGCAGCAGCGGGUGCGGAGGAUCGUCCUGGCCAACCUGCUGGUCAUCCUGACCGUGGCCGGAGUCAUCGUCGGGGUCAUCAUCGGUAUGGCGGUCCGCAACACGGAGCUCACCCGCACGCAGGUCAUCUACAUCGGCUUCCCCGGAGAGCUGCUCAUCCGCCUGCUGAAGAUGAUCAUCAUCCCGCUGGUGGUUUGCAGCCUGGUGUCCGGGGCGGCGAGCAUCGACCCCAAGGCCCUGGGCCGGCUGGGCGGCUGGGCCAUGCUCUUCUUCCUGGUCACCACGCUCCUGUCCUCGUCCAUCGGCGUGGUGAUGGCGUUCAUCAUCAAGCCCGGCUCCAACACGGGCUCCAAGCCCCGGGUGGCCGGGCUAGGGGACGACGUGCCGCAGCCCAAGGAGAUCAUCGACUCCUUCCUGGACCUCAUCAGGAACCUCUUCCCCUCCAACCUGGUGUCGGCUGCCUUCCAGUCGUACGGAACCGGCUACAGGUUCAUCACCACCAACGGGACCAACAUCACCGUGGAGAAGGUUCCCAUCGGUCUGGAUCAGGACGGGAUGAACAUCCUGGGUCUGGUUGUGUUUGCCAUCGUGUUCGGCGUGGCCCUGAGGAAGCUGGGGGAGGAGGGGGAGAUCCUCAUCAAGUUCUUCAACUCCUUCAACGAGGCCACCAUGGUGCUGGUGUCCUGGAUCAUGUGGUACGCCCCUGUGGGCAUCAUGUUCCUGGUGGCGGGUAAGAUCGUGGAGAUGGAGGACGUGGCCACGCUGUUCUCCAGCCUGGGGAAGUACAUCGCCUGCUGCAUGGUCGGCCACGCCAUCCACGGCCUGCUGGUGCUGCCCGCCAUCUACGCCGUCAUCACCCGGAAGAACCCCUACACCUUCCUGUGGGGCACCUUCACCGCGCUGGCCACCGCCUUCGGCACCUCGUCCAGCUCGGCCACCCUCCCCCUGAUGAUGAAGUGCGUUGAGGAGAACAACGGUGUGUCGAAGCACAUCAGCCGCUUCAUCCUCCCCAUCGGCGCCACCGUCAACAUGGACGGCGCCGCCCUCUUCCAGUGCGUGGCGGCCGUCUUCAUCGCCCAGCUCAACAACAUCUCGCUCAACUUCGUCCAGGUCAUCACCAUCCUAGUGACGGCCACGGCGUCCAGUGUGGGCGCGGCGGGCAUCCCAGCGGGCGGCGUCCUGACGCUGGCCAUCAUCCUGGAGGCCGUGGGCCUGCCCACCAACGACAUCUCCCUCAUCCUGGCCGUCGACUGGCUCGUAGACCGUACCUGUAGUCUGAGCCCUAACGCCGCGCUGUUUGUCCCUCCCCAGAGACCGUACCUGCACCGUGAUCAACGUGGAGGGCGACGCCUACGGCGCCGGGCUCCUGCAGCACUUUGUGGACAGCCAGGCCAAAAAGGAGGAAGGGGCGGAGCUAAGCGAGGUCAGGCUGGGGGACCACCCCCCCAGCGCCGCCCCCGAGAGCUCGCCGCUGAUGGGGAAGUCCGGGGGGCCGGGGGAGAAGGAGUCCGCAAUGUGAUACCCUCCUCAGGCUCCAGCCAAUCAGGAUCCUGCUCAGUCCCCGUCCCGCCUCCCGCCUCAGUAGUGGGCGGGACGGGGACAAACUGUCGAGAGCGGCUUCCUGUAGGAUGCCGGUCACAGGAAGUUGGGUUUUUUAAGGGACAGUUUUCUAUUUAUGAUUUCAAAUCAUCGUUUGCCUUCCAAAGUACAUCAUUUCUGCCAUUUCUUCUUCUUUGACGACGAUUGAAAAAGCACAUUCUUCUCUGGUGGACAAAAGCUUUCUAAAGUUUGAAGCCCUUUACUUGGCAGACCCGUCUGUAUUCUGUACACACCAAAUACACGCACGCACACACACGCUCGGACGCACACACAGCCGCACACUACCGAUGGACCUCCGAGCUGCGCAGCCACUCCAAAGAAGGGCUUGCUGCUGUGGCAGGUCGAAGGUCAGGACCCUGGAACCCCCUAACCCUGGAACCCCCCGGCCUCCAGCACCAGCACCCUCCACUGUGGGUCGAGGCUUCUGUUAGGGCGCAGUCGCACUACCUCUGUCCGUCGACGGAUCUCACUGACUGAAAAAUGUUCCGCUUUUGAGGCAGUGACGGAUCCAUCGGCCAAUCAGAUCGUGUUAUGCAAAUAUACGCAAGUACACUCUCCAAUGAAAUCGCCUUUCUAAUACGACCCGGGCUUAGCUCAGGAGGUAGAGCAGUUGUCUUGUAACCGAAAGGCUGCUAGUUCGAUCCCUAGCUCCUCCUAGCUGAGUGUUGAUGUGUCCCUCAGCGAGACACUUAACCCUGAAUGCUCCUGACGAGCUGGCGGUCGCCUUGCAUGGUUCACUCUGCCGGCGGUGUGUCAAUGUGUGUAUUAACCGAUGUAAGUCGCUCUGGAUGAAAGCGUCUGAUAAAUGCCCUAAUUGUAAUUGUAAUUGUAAACACAAGGAUACGUCAAAAAGCUCCCAUCCGUCGAUGGACGCAUGUAGUUUGAACACUGCGUUAGUGUCUACCUCCAUCCUCAAGCCCCGCCUCUAGAGGGCCCCGCCUCUAGAGGGCCCCGCCUCUAGAGGGCCCCGCCUCUAGAGGGGCCCGCCUCUAGAGGGGCCCGCCUCUAGAGGGGCCCGCCUCUAGAGGGGCCCGCCUCUAGAGGGGCCCGCCUCUAGAGGGGCCCGCCUCUAGAGGGGCCCGCCUCUAGAGGGACCCGCCUCUAGAGGGACCCGCCUCAGUGCUCUGAGGCGAGCCGUGCGUUCAUACGGGAUGGGUCAAGCUAUCACUGCUGCACUCAUUGUAUCUUUAUCACACCGGUUGGAUUGAAUCCAGGCCUUGAUGUUAACAAAGUGUCUCAACCUUGGAAGGAUUCUGCUUUAAUUUAACUUAUUUUUAAAGACUCAGACUCACCCAUGUGAUCAUCAUCAUGUGACCCAUCAUCUGAUCAUGUGACCACCAUGGGCUCAAUCUUGUUAUAAGAAUGUGUUAAUAAUGUGGAGAAUGUGUUGUAGCGAACGUGAUAUUAGUACCGUUGGAAUUGGUUUUGAACAAGUUUAACGUUGAAUUGGAUAUUAUUUUAUUCUUAACUCAUUAUGAUUUCACCUCAAACUGAAAUCCGUUACCAAAAGGUUUUGUUUGAAACCAAACCGUUGGAAGAGAUACCAAAUUGGGGAAUUUCCGUUUAAACUGUAAACUAUUUAUUUCCGUUAUGUGGUCCGGCCGUUUAUAGCUUUGGCACAGCGGCUGCUUUGUAGUUUUAUUCUGUGGUCGGUUACGGUCAGGACUUUGGGGCGGUUAGGGCGCUUUACAGCUGUCAAUCAACUGGCGGUUGGGGUAUGAUUGUGUGUUGGGACAUCGCUGAGAUCUAAAUCAUUCCAUUCCUCCCUGUUCUCUGUAUGUGUGAAUUUUGGAGAAAACAUUGUGUGUGUGUGUAGCCUAUGUGCGACUAUUGCAGGACUCAAUCACAGAUAUGAAGAGAAUAUAAAACACUGUCUUAUUUUGGUUACUGCCUGAAUGUGCUCCAUUAAGAGUUCAGAAUUCAUGUUUUAAAGUUGGGUAAACUUUUGACCUUUUAUUUUAUUUUUUUAAAAAGUAAAAGAAUACCAAUUCUGUUGAUUAAUCUUCA